CGAAUUAUGGAGGAUUUCGAAAAAAUUGAAAAGAUUGGCGAGGGCACAUAUGGAGUGGUUUAUAAGGGGCGCAAUCGACUAACGGGCCAAAUAGUGGCAAUGAAGAAAAUUCGCCUGGAGUCGGACGAUGAAGGCGUUCCAUCGACAGCGAUCAGGGAAAUUUCGUUGCUCAAGGAGCUGAAACAUGAGAACAUUGUUUGCUUGGAAGAUGUGUUGAUGGAGGAGAAUCGCAUAUACUUGAUCUUUGAAUUCCUCUCGAUGGACCUAAAAAAAUACAUGGAUUCAUUGCCCGCUGAUAAGCAUAUGGAGAGUGAAUUGGUUCGAAGUUAUUUGUACCAAAUAACCAGUGCCAUUUUAUUUUGCCAUCGUCGUCGAGUUCUUCAUCGUGAUCUUAAGCCUCAGAACUUAUUAAUUGACAAGAAUGGCCUUAUAAAAGUCGCUGAUUUUGGUCUUGGCCGAUCGUUCGGUAUCCCUGUGCGCAUUUAUACCCACGAGAUCGUUACUUUGUGGUACCGAGCACCGGAGGUGCUUCUGGGCUCACCUAGGUAUUCCUGUCCUGUCGACAUCUGGUCUAUUGGGUGUAUAUUCGCUGAAAUGGCGACGAGAAAGCCGUUGUUUCAAGGAGACUCGGAAAUUGACCAGUUAUUCAGAAUGUUCAGAAUUCUUAAAACACCAACCGAAGAUAUUUGGCCAGGGGUUACUUCGCUUCCUGACUACAAGAACACGUUUCCUUGCUGGUCGACCAACCAAUUGACCAACCAGUUAAAGAAUCUUGAUGCCAACGGCGUUAAUCUCAUUCAAAGUAUGUUAAUUUAUGAUCCAGUGCAUCGCAUUUCCGCCAAGGAUAUUUUGGAGCACCCAUAUUUCCAUGGUUUUCAGUCGGGCUUAGUUCAAAAUUAACGUUCAGCAUUGUCAUUUGACUUUAAUUACAAUUAAUAACAAAAAAAAAAUUGAAAUUUAAACUAAAUGGAAAUAGCCAUAAAAUAAAAUAAGGGUUAAAACAAACUG